AUGUGUGUCCUUGGCUGUAUUCUUAUUCACCUUGUCUCUCUGUGUAUUAGGAUCAGAGCCUUGGAGGAGACGCAGGCGAAAGGCCACAGGGGAGGAUGCCGAGAGGGCGAAGCAGCGGCAGACAGCAGCCCGUUGAGCGAAGUUGAGGCGGCGGUGGACGAGCAUCAGCGGCGUCUGGCCCUGGCCUGUCCGCCUGUGGUGACGUACGGGACAUACCGUGGCCAGGGGGACAAACGCAGGAUGAGGCGGAGGCACCAGUUGCAGGUAGAAUGCCCCACCUCAGGUGUGGAGGGCAGCCCCUUGGGUGGGGUGACACCCUCCACUUUAGAACUUGCCAUUUCAAAGCAGAGGGACAUUCAGACUGUAUCGACCAAUCAGAUUGGAGCUCCAACCUCAGAAACCAAUGAGCGAGGAGCUUGGACUUCCGAAACAGACUCCGCUGUUUUGGGUCCAACUGGACCUGAGUCUAGUCACAUUCCACUAACAACACAUACAGCAGAAAGGGCUGGGAGUCAAAGUGCCUUCCCUUUACUCGGAGAGACAGACCUGGCUACUGUAGGAGGCCAGGCCAACGAUUCUCUCUCUGGGGUUGGAUCCGUCACAGGCCCCCCUCCUGCACCCACAGAGGACUCUGCUGAUGCCGGGACUAGUACAGCAGUCAGUGAGACCCACAGUGUAGAGCAGAGCCCACGGGAUAAAAUUACUCAUACGGAGAUGGCCAGCGAGGACACUGACAGGGACACAGACGGGGACAGAGACACAGGGCUGAGUGAGCAGACAGAAACCUUAUCUGCACACUGUUUUCAGACUGGGUCACCUUCAUUUGCUGCUGCUGCUGCUGCUGCGUGGCCAGGCGCCGGGGGGACUGCACAGCACACACAUCUGCCUGCCGCUGUUUCCGAUGGAGAUGGAGGCCAGCUGGCUCCGCAUCCCAUUUCACCUUCUGCCUUGCUUUUAUCAGCGACCGAAAGCCAGGGACUCAUGCCAGCAACCAGGCACUCAGAUUCUGGUGAUGCACUGAAUUCAGGCCCUGGUGCUGGACUGCACUGCUUUGAGUCAGGGAAGGAGGAGGGGGACGUUGGUCCUCCAGACGAUCUGUUUGAGGAGGCCCUUCAUUUGGAGUCUAAAAUGAUGGUGGAUAACAUUCUGAUUAAUGCUCUAGCGGCCCUGGAGAAAAUCGAAUCCUCUGAGGAGGAGGGUAAAGUGAUCCAGAAGGCCAGUGAGGAGACUUACCUGGUCCUACCCGUAGGCAGAGAGGAGGAGGAGGAGGGUGUGGAUCGGUCCUUCGAGCCAGAUAAGCUGGAGGAGGUAGGGCCUUCAGAGACAGGGGAUGACAGACACCCAUCAGCCAUCCCGGCAGAACAGACUCUCUCAUUAAACCCCAACCCUCUGGCGGAGGGCCCCAGGUCCACCCCCUCCUCGGGGUACGAGUCUAUCGCAGGCUCGGACACUGACAUCAGGAGCAGCCCUGGGCCGGCCUGUGAGAGCAGUGCCCCAACCAUCGGUGUCUCAGACCACAGGCAGGGAGAACACUGUGCCGAGGGGACCCAAGGCACUGGUCACCAGCUACUUGUCAAAGGUCAACGGCUAAUGGAUGCUAAAGCUAAUGAGCAGCCGCAAGGGGAAGAGGAUUCCCAGCUAAAUGAUCCUAUUGAAUCUGUAUACAGUGGCGAUAAGCACCAGAGAGAUGUGUUGCCUCUCUUGGGCGGUGGAGUGUCCUUAGAGAAACCAGGUCUCUAUGGUGAUGACGGAGAUAUUAUUCAAGUAAUGAGAGCGAGUCAUGAGUAUGAGUCUGUCUCAGGGAAAACUAAUGAAAACAAAGAUCAAGUGCUCGGCACUUUAGGGGACAAUGGUUGUAACGAGGUGCUAGGCGUUAAAGGAACACAGGUCGGAGACGGCGCAGUCCACGUAGCCAAAGAUGAUAUCGAAAGCAAUAGACAUAGUCCUAAACAAGACUGUAAUGCUCAAUAUGGUCAUGUUUCUGUGUCCAAUACCUCGGAAAGUCCCAAUAAGCUCAACAGCACUCUGAAUGACAAUACUUACCUGAGAAACCAAACAGCAUUUCCUGAGCCUGAUCUGCUUAGGAAAAGUUCCAAAUAUGAAGCUAAGGGCAAUUCUGAGGCAGACCUCAUGUCAGUCAGACCAAAACACACCCACAACUCACUAGAACCAUCUCAAGUCAGACAUGCUAUAAGUCAGAAGCCUAUUGCCUGUAUAACUCUUUAUGAUGAAGGCCAAGAGAACGGUCCUGAAAUAACAUUGAAAGUUCCUCAGACUGAGACCAAUGGGCUGAAUGACAUCCCGGUCAGUGGGGAUCAAAGCUUAGUACUGGUUGAGACUUACUUAGCCUCUGUGUUCUCAGAGGGCUCUGACUCUGGGGGUGAAGAAGAUGAGGCUGACAGCAGACCAACAGGCACCAUCAGCGUGGACCCCUCUUUUUCAAGGAGACUUCCCAAGGACCUGAGCACCUCAGAGGGCCUUGUGUCUAAUUCAGCCCCUGACUCCAGUAACGAGGACAGGCCACAGUGGAGCUCGGUGAGCGCGUAUCGAUGCGACGUCUCUCAGCAGCAGCAGAGUCAGGACUCAGAGACACCGGGACACAGUGGUGCAGGUUCAUCAGCAGCAGCUGUGGCAGGGUUUCACCAGGACCUGGGCAUCAGGCUAGCUGGGCUCCAUACUACAGGAGGCCGGAGAGCCCCAGGCCUGGAACCUCUCCUCCCCCUCCUCCCCGUCCCCCAGCUUGCCUUCCACGACAUGGAGACGAGUGGUUUCUCCAUCAUCGACGAGGAGGAGGAGACGGAUGCGGUGUUCGUCAAUGACACAGGCCCCAUGCUGAGCCCCACGGCGCGGCGGGUCAAGGCCUACCCUUUCUCCCUGUCUCCCAUCGUGGAGGAGGACAGUCUUCGUGGCGAGGAGGUGGCGGAGGGGGGCCUGUCGCAGGAGGACAGGGGCCUCAUGGUGCCCCCAGCCACAGAGGAGCUGAGGAGUCUGAGUGGAGGUGUGGGGAUGGAGCAGGUAGCCUCAUCCUCCUCUUUGUCCAUCCUGUCCCUGCUGCAGUCAGUCAGCGAGCGCCUGCAGUCCAGCGGCUACUCCGACACAGACGCAGGCUCAGAGGAGCCCUCCACCCCUCCUCUACGGCGCCCCCUAUGGGACUUUUUCAACAGGGGCCAGGCGGAGGCUGAGGAGGGGGAUGGCCAGGGAAUGGAUGGAGACCAAAGCAGCAAGCAGGAGGGCCCAAGCUCUCUGACACUUCCUACUGAUUUAUUCACUAUGGGACCUCGAGAUGGGGAUCCAACGAAGGACGUGAAGAAUCUUUCCACCCCUCGGAUUACAAUCCAAAAGCCUGCAGAUUCACCCAUGUAUCAGUAUUUGAAAUCAGUGCAGCCAGUGUUGCCAGAGCCUGACAAUGACAACAGUAAACAUCAUGCCAAACUCGUUCCGUGCCUCAGUGAUAACAACUGUUCAUCAACAGCAACUGACAUGGUAAGUUCAACAGCAACUGACAUUUUUAUUCAAUAAUAUUAUAUUAAAAGCUAGUUAUGCAGCCUGACAUUUAGAACUAAUAUAUGUUAAUAUUUGACCCCUGUUGAUAUCAUUUCAGGGGGGAAAUUGGAGUUAUGGGAAGGUCAUCCCAAGGCCUACGCUGGUGAGAUCACAUGUAUUACAUGAGUCCUCUACUUUCUCACUGUCGUGCUAAUUUCUGAUCUCAUCUUAAUGACUGUCUUAAUGUUUUAGGCAGUCUGCCUCCUAAUUGCUGUGCUGCUGAAUAGAUUGGAGAUGCCAGACUGCCUUUGAGCUGGACAGAACAUUUCUCUUUCAUUAGUUAAUGAUACCUCAGGCUGCAGAAAGUAGGGCAGCAACUCAUCUUUUCAGUUGAAUCUCUUCCUAAGGCCUGUCAUAAAUGGAGAUGAGAUUGCGAUUAUGCAACAGCCUAUUAAUUGUUGUAAAAGGCUAUCUCAUCUGCUGUCGAGGGCUGUAGUUUCUCAGAAUCUGUACAGAGGAGUGUGGAUCUCUUCUAAAGCACUAUAAUGAUAGUCUACAGCCUUGAGAGCUGAAUGCAACAGUGAGUCAGGAACUUGGAGCACAAUCACAUUAAUAUUCCUGUGGUCUAGCACUGUAUAUGUCAAUUGUUUUAUCCAAACCAAGCAAAUCAGGAAUGGGUUUUUCCUACAAACAACUUGUAUGCGGUUUUACAUAGAUUAUGAAGCUUAUAGGCUCACAACACAGGCAGUGAACAAAGCACUGAGUGCCAGGGGUUUUGUCUGCAUUGUUGUUUCACACAAUCACUAAUGGAAUUGCUUUGCAACCGCACAACCACGGUUUUCUGUUCUAUUAGCCGCGUUGAAAAAGUAUUUGUUAUCAAGGAGGAAACAAAGGGAGCAAAGCAGCAAAACUAUCAAGACUUGGAAUUAAAGCAGUAUGAAAGCAGGCAGAGUCUCGUAGGCUGUUAGGAGUGAAAAAAAAUGAAAAAACACAGGGUGUUAAUUAUAGAAGAGGCUGUGCUCUAUAAUGACUGCUUGGGGCAUCUUGUGGGCUGGUUAGGGGAUUAACGACACCCUUCCCUCCUCCUUGGCCCCCCCUCCUCUCUCCCUUUCUGUCAUCAGAAAUGUGUUGGGGGCCUCAGGCAUAGUCACUCAGCACCAAUGUUACCUCAUAUUUCUUGGGGUAUUGAGCAAAUUUCAGGUCUGCUGAGCGCAAACUUGGACGUUGUGAAAAUUCUGUGCAACUUCCGGUGCCCGUUUACUGUGAACACUGAGGCUGUACCCGCUUGAAGUUCUAGUUUUAACAGUGGCAAAGUAGGCAACUGUGGCUAUUUGAUCAUAAUCUAAGCCUACCAGAGUGGGCUACCAUUAAAAGACAAUGGAGAAAAUGCAUCCCAUAACAUUUUAACAUGGAAAUAGCAGUUAUAUUAUUCAGCCUACAGUAGCAGCCAAUGUGUGGUGUUCAAUGUAGGCCUACAUUCCAUUAGUCUUUUUUUCCACUUGUCCUUCAGACAAUGAGGUGACUGAAAAUGUUGUUGUAUUGUGUUUGAUGCAAGAAACCACAUUACAAAAUAAAAUUCAUUAUUAUUCCCAUACCAUUAUUAAUGUAACAGAGAUUCAGACAAAAUGUAUGCUACCCUCUGCUGUCUCAAAAUACAACACUGCCCCUUUUAAAGACAUAAAUAAAAAAUAUAAAGUUCUUUACUUGACACAUUUUUCAAAGAUGGCUAGAAGUGUACACGUUUUGUGCUCAUGUAGGAAGCAAUCACUCCCCCAUUGCUGACCAGAAAUUAGCUAUAACUGGGCUAAUGCAGCUACAUGCAGCUCUCGCUUUGAUCUCAAAACAAGCACAUCUACUCGCGACCACUUGUGCCUGUCAAUGCAAUAGAAUCCUACUCCGAUGCACUCUGCAAAAUCUUUUACGUAGUUAGUUUUGCAUACUAAGGGUGGAUUUACUUUAGUAAAAUAUGUCUAGUGAGAUCUAUCGCUUUUCACCAUCAGAUUAGCAACUUUUCUGUUCACACUAACCUUGGAUGUGAUGUGUCCAAAGCCACAUUCCUGCUUCAUGUGUGAAUGCAGCUAUUAGCAUACUGUAAAUACCAUAGUAUAUAGACAAACAAAAUAAAGAUACUGUAGUAAUUCAAACCAGGGGUUGGAACCGGUUCAGGGAACAGAACCGAGAACCAGAAAAUAACAAACAUUUUCGAGGAACAGAAUCAGAACCGGGAACUGUUCGGGAACAGAACCGUUAUUUUAAAAGCAUGGAAACCGGUUAAUAACGUUAUUUUAUGUUUCUGUUAUUUUUUUCCAGUCCCACAAAAAAUGCAACAAAGCACCUAUGCAAAGCCCUCACUCUGUCACUCAGAAACUUCUUCCAGUGUCUGCCUGCCAGCUGAACAUCUUUGCCAGUGUGUGUGCGUGUGUAGGCUACCUGCCCCUCCCCCUCUGAAGCAUAGUCUACUGUAGCCUACUGACAUUACAAGCGUGAUUCAGAAAUUAGGGAGCAAUAUUUUUUAUUAGAGAAGAAUGGAUUAACUUUUUCAGUGCUAUUUAAGGAUACUAGAGUUAUCACGUUUCACAUUGGAUUUAUUAAUUAAUUAUUUAAAAAUAAUAAUCUGAUGCCGCUCUGCACAUACAAGCUUGUUAGCUAUCUAGCUAGCUAGCUCUGGUCCAACGUUAAGCCAUCUCUCUGAAGUUGAAAGACAUUCAAAGUUCCUUCAUAAAAUCCACUCCUCCGUAGGUAUAAUUAUGAAGGCCUAAUUCAAAUAAUGCAUGUCAUAACAAGAUGCCCAGCGCUUCAAGCCAUGCUGCCUCAAUCCCAAUUCCCAAAGUAGAGGGAAACGUUGAUAGUGUUAACUAACAGGAAAGCCUCUAAAUUGAGUGAAGGUCAAUCUUGUUCUUCUUUGCGCGGGCUGGUAUUUCUUCUGCAUUGCAGUCCCGGGGGAGCUGCACAUUGCUCAGCACCCUGCUCCAUGCUGGAAACCCUUUUCCUCAGGCUUUUAAAACCUGACUGUUCACUCGCACCAAGCUUGCUGUAAUAAUAUAAUUAUGAAAACAACACCCAACCACCACAGUUCAGCUGUCACACAAAUAUGAUCUAACUUUGAAAAACAUUGAAUUAUUGUAUGGUUCCCAUGUAUUGAGUCAAUAAAUCAAAUUCAGUUUAAAGAUCAUUUGCGGAGGUUGACUGUCAGAUUGUAUCUAUUUUACCAUAUAUUUAGCCUACAUGUUGCUGUAUGUUUCCUAAUGACGUACUCUGUUUCUCCAGAUGAGCAUCUAUGAUGGUGUGACGUUCUCUGGGGAGAUGCGGGAGAUCCACAGAGACCAGGAGGACUCUGGGAUGGUGUUUCCGCAGGGUGCCUCGGUGCGAGUCCUGGGAGGAUGGUAAGAGGACCUUUAGAGCAAGUGGACUUCUUUUAAGGUUGCUUACUCCUUAAACAGAAGGGAUGCUCUUUAUGAGGUUAUAGAUCAGUCUUUGAAUGACCAACAGUCUGGGCUUCCAGAAGUAGUUCUGUCGGACCAAGGCUUAGAGUUUGUUGAAGCAGGUAGCUGAAAAUCUGUCAAACUUGUAUUAAGUCCCCUGUAAAAUAGCCCACCUGGAUCAGAAUGAGCCAGCCUUUCUGUAGCGUCAUCCUCUGCUUUGGCCUUAUACCCCUGUCUCAUCCACUCCCUGCCUUACUCAUGCACUCUCACGGAAGAAGGGCCUUAUUACUGAACAUGAGGCUUAGGACUUUUAGCUUAUGUCAGAACAGAACAUCUUGUUUGAGACUCCAUAAUGUUCCUUCCAACUGUGUUGGGGGGGGGGGUUAAUCUCCUGGGCUGGCUGUGACAGACAGUAAUUGGGUAACUCAUCGCUGUUCGCUCCCAUUAAAAAGGCCUGUCUGCUGAUGAAUCUGCCCUCGCCAGACCUUAAUGUGUUACAUUUUCCAUCAUAAUGCCACAAGCUGCUCUCUGCCCCACUCACAGUGUGAGGUAGCACUAUUAAUCAUAAGGAUUACAUAAUAAACCACACAAACACUGCCAUCACUGGGAAUCAAGGCCUCGUCCAAGUUUGAGAUCUUGAGUUCUUCUCCUUGGCGUCAUCACUAUUUGCUACUUAAAAAGUGAAUGGGGAUGUUAUGAGCAUUACAGAUACUUUUUUUAAAUUCUCAAAAUAAGUAUUAUUAUGUAUUCAAUCAAUCAGCAGAAUAAACAGCAUUGGACAAAUGACAAAUACUACUGUCAGCGCACGUCCAUAUCACAUGAUAAUCUUUACAUGCUUUUCAAUAACAUAAGGUACAUACAGUGGGGAGAACAAGUAUUUGAUACACUGCCGACUUUGCAAGUUUUCCUACUUACAAAGCAUGUAGAGGUCUGUAAUUUUUACAAAAAUCCAGAAAAUCACAUUGUAUGAUUUUUAAGUAAUUAAUUUGCAUUUUAUUGCAUGACAUAAGUAUUUGAUACAUCAGAAAAUCUGAACUUAAUAUUUGGUACAGAAACCUUUGUUUGCAAUUACAGAGAUCAUACGUUUCCUGUAGGUCUUGACCAGGUUUGCACACACUGCAGCAGGGAUUUUGGCCCACUCCUCCAUACAGACCUUCUCCAGAUCCUUUAGGUUUCGGGGCUGUCGCUGGGCAAUACGGACUUUCAGCUCCCUCCAAAGAUUUUCCAUUGGGUUCAGGUCUGGAGACUGGCUAGGCCGCUCCAGGACCUUGAGAUGCUUCUUACGGAGCCACUCCUUAGUUGCCCUGGCCGUGUGUUUCGGGUCGUUGUCAUGCUGGAAGACCCAGCCACAACCCAUCUUCAAUGCUCUUACUGAGGGAAGGAGGUUGUUGGCCAAGAUCUCGCGAUACAUGGCCCCAUCCAUCCUUCCCUCAAUACGGUGCAGUCGUCCUGUCCCCUUUACAGAAAAGCAUCCCCAAAGAAUGAUGUUUCCACCUCCAUGCUUCACGGUUGGGAUGGUGUUCUUGGGGUUGUACUCAUCCUUCUUCUUCCUCCAAACACGGCGAGUGGAGUUUAGACCAAAAACCUCUAUUUUUGUCUCAUCGGACCACAUGACCUUCUCCCAUUCCUCCUCUGGAUCAUCCAGAUGGUCAUUGGCAAACGUCAGACGGGCCUGGACAUGCGCUGGCUUGAGCAGGGGGACCUUGCGUGCGCUGCAGGAUUUUAAUCCAUGACGGCGUAGUGUGUUACUAAUGGUUUUCUUUGAGACUGUGGUCCCAGCUCUCUUCAGGUCAUUGACCAGGUCCUGCCGUGUAGUUCUGGGCUGAUCCCUCACCUUCCUCAUGAUCAUUGAUGCCCCACGAGGUGAGAUCUUGCAUGGAGCCCCAGACCGAGGGUGAUUGACCGUCAUCUUGAACUUCUUCCAUUUUCUAAUAAUUGCGCCAACAGUUAUUGCCUUCUCACCAAGCUGCUUGCCUAUUGUCCUGUAGCCCAUCCCAGCCUUGUGCAGGUCUACAAUUUUAUCCCUGAUGUCCUUACACAGCUCUCUGGUCUUGGCCAUUGUGGAGAGGUUGGAGUCUGUUUGAUUGAGUGUGUGGACAGGUGUCUUUUAUAUAGGUAACGAGUUCAAACAGGUGCAGUUAAUACAGGUAAUGAGUGGAGAACAGGAGGGCUUCUCAAAGAAAAACUAACAGGUCUGUGAGAGCCAGAAUUCUUACUGGUUGGUAGGUGAUCAAAUACUUAUAUCAUGCAAUAGAAUGCAAAUUAAUUACUUAAAAAUCAUACAAUGUGAUUUUCUGGAUUUUUGUUUUAGAUUCCGUCUCUCACAGUUGAAGUGUACCUAUGAUAAAAAUUACAGACCUCUACAUGCUUUGUAAGUAGGAAAACCUGCAAAAUCGGCAGUGUAUCAAAUACUUGUUCUCCCCGCUGUAUAUAGUACAUGCACAGACCUAUGAAGCAACAAUUGAUGCUACACUAGUAAAACAAAAAACAAGAUGAAUUAGAAAAUAAACCCCAAAUAAACCCCACCCUAUCACACAGCUCCCAUCUGAGUGACCCUUUUGAUUGAACUCGUCAUAGCAAGAGAUCUUACACUUACAGCUGCAUUUGACCACAUUGUUAAGGUUCUUUCAUUAGCACCAUGAGAACGAGUAGUGGGCAUUACAGAUACUUAAAUGUUUGGAGGGCCUAACUAUAGAUAGAUUGAAAUCUAUACUAUUUCUAAAGAAUCUCUCAUAUAUCAAUGUACUAUCAGCUUCAUAUCAUCUUACUACUGCAGUUCGAAAAAUAUGUUGCUUUUAUUUAUAUUUAAUGAUGAAAAAGCUAAAAAGUAUGAAUAUAUACUAGUCAUAAGUUUAGUUGUUCAUAUUAAUCUCAUAUAAUGCUGCACUAGGUUUAACUAAUGCACAUGACAGUAUGUCUCUGUGCCUCUCUGCCAGGGGCAAAGCAGGUUCACGUACAGAAGAGCCUGGUAGCUGUGUGGCUAUGUUGUAACACUGCUCUCAUAUUUAAUGGAUACAGAAUGAGAAAUGUUCAGUCUUGCGAACAUGUUCUGGCGCUGUGUGCUUUUUGUCAAAUGACUCACUCAAGGGCAGGCUCGCUCGACUCUGCGCGGCAACGCUAGUGAAAGUUUGGUGCCUUACGCAAUAUCUCAUGCUUUAUGGAUUGACCCACCUUCCAUUUGUGUACUAGUGCGUUGGCUCAGCCCCCCUUUCAGAGCCCUAGACCUGUUGUAUUAUUUACACCAAACCAGCCUUCCCAAGCAAAAAGUGGGAAAAGCAAAGCAGCUUUCCAACAAUUUGAGUAGGAGCUCUCUCCCCUGUCCACCAGAGGGGAGGAGAGAAAGGAAGUGAGUCACGUUGUAGCUGCAUUGUUGUGUUUGUGUGUGUUCUCCUCCAUCCAAUUCUCAGGUUAACAGACCGACUUGGGUCGUAUUGUUCCCUCUACGGUCCACAGUGAAGGACCACUUAGAGUUGUUCCCCAAACUAGUUUUGAUUUGCAGUACAAGGGCUACUUUACAGGUUGACUUAUUUAAGUUUGACAGGUUUUUGACAGACUACAUUACUCAACAAAUUCCUAGGCACUUCUGGACAACCAGAGUGUUGGUCAUUCAACGUUUUUUGUAUUCAGUUCAAGUUAAUCAGUGAAGGCGUGAGCCACAAAAAGACUCUCCUACAUGCUAAUUAUGAGGGAUUUGACUUUCUCGGGAGAUGUUUCCUCCCUCCUUGGGCCUCAUCCCCAGCAGCCUAUACUAUUAGGCGAUAUUGAUCUCUGUCUCUCAUGGUGGAUGUAUAAUCAGUGAAACCAGGCACUAAACCAUUUAGGAGAGACCUGGCUGUCUGUCUGAGUCAAUAUAGACAGACUCUUACCGCUUCAAAGCAGUUCCUGACCAUCCAGAUAGAUUAUUUAUGGGCUACUGGCGACACAAAUACACACACACACACACACACACACACACACACACACGAUAGUGUUGUUUACACUGCACAUAUCACACCGCCCGUGUUAUUUUCAGAAUCUACAAUAUUUGUUGACUGUUGGCAUGUUUAUCCUCAGAUAAAAGGCAGUAUUCUGGCCAGGUCUCAGCAGGGAUAUUGAAGUAUUGAAGCCCCCAACUGUGUGCUGUGGGCCUGUAGUUCAGGGGCAUUAGUAAGCAGCUUUUAAUAUUUCAACAAAAAAAAACAUUGGUGAGAGCCAGAUUGAUUUACAUUACUGUCAGCACAGCGCUGUAAUCUUCUCUUCAACAUGUAACUUUAAUCAUCAACUGUUAUAGUUCAUGUGUUGGGUGUGUGUACUGGUAGGGGAUGAUUUUAUUUUAUACAUUAUUAUUUAUUUAUGUUCUGUCACCAAGGAAUAGGGAAGGUGGGGCCUGGUUUCCAUGGCAAUGCCCUUGCUCUGUUUAUGUGUGAGCUCUGUGCAGUCAGUUAGUUGGUGGCUGGCAUCUCUUUUUGUGCUGAGUGGGUGAGAGAGAAAAAAAGAGAGAGAGGGAGAGCGAGAGAGUCUGUGUGUGAGAGGGACAGAGAGAUGGAAGUGGGUGCUCACACAGUGUGUUUGUGUCGUAGCUGGCUGUUGUACCUGGAGCCGGGGUUCCGGGGCCCCGGGCUGCUGCUGGAGGAAGGGGAGACAGUACUGAGCCACCAACCAGGUCAGCAGCAGGCCAGCCAGGGGACAGAGGACAAGCCCACCGCAAUCACCAUCGGCUCCAUCAGAAGACUAGUGAAGGUGGGCAUAUUUAUUACCAUGACAUUACAGUGCCAUGCGCCAUUAGUGAUUUCCCUCCAACAUUUCUAUUGGGAGACAAUGGUUCAAUUAUUUAGACCUACCAAUUUGCCUCAGGUCGCACUCUAUAGGUUUCCGAGCUGGUCAUGGGUGCACCUCAGCCACGCUCAGGGUCCUAAAUGAUAUUAUAACCGCAAUCGAUAAUAGACAGUACUGUGCAGCCGUCUUCAUCGACCUGGCCAAGGCUUUCGACUCUGUCAACCACCGCAUUCUAAUUGGCAGACUAAAUAGCCUUGGUUUCUCAAAUGACUGCCUCGCUUGGUUCACCCAACUACUUCUCAGAUGGAGUUCAAUGUGUCAAAUCGGAGGGCCUGUUGUCUGGACCUAUGGCAGUCUCUAUGGUGGUGCAACAGGGUUCAAUUCUCGGGCCGACUCUUUUCUCUGUGUAUAUCAAUGAUGUCGCUCUUGCUGCUGGUGACUCUCAGAUCCACCUCUACGCAGACGACACCAUUUUGUAUACAUCUGGCCCUUCAUUGGACACUGUGUUAACAAACCUCCAAACGAGCUUCAAUGCCAUACAACACUCCUUCCGUAGCCUCCAACUGCUCUUAAACACUAGUAAAACUAAAUGCAUGCUCUUCAAUCGAAUGCUGCUGGCACCCGCCCACCCGACUAGAAUCACUACUCUCGGCGGGUCUGACCUAGAGUAUGUGGACAACUACAAAUACCUAGGUGUCUGGUUAGACUGUAAACUAUCCUUCCAGACUCACAUUAAGCAUCUCCAAUCCAAAGUUCAAUCUAGAAUCGGCUUCCUAUUUCGCAAACAAAGCCUCCUUCACUCAUGCUGCCAAACAUGCCCUCGUUAAACUGACUAUCCUACCGAUCCUUGACUUCGGCGAUGUCGUUUACAAAAUAGCCUCCAACACUCUACUCAGCAAAUUGGAUGUAGUCUAUCACAGUGCCAUCCGUUUUGUCACCAAAGCCACAUAUACUACCCACUACUGUGACCUGUACGCUCUUGUUGGCUGGUCCUCACUACAUAUUCGUCGCCAAACCCACUGGCUCCAGGUCAUCUAUAAAUCACUGCUAGGCAAAUCCCUGCCUUAUCUUAGCUCAUUGGUCACCAUAGCAACACCCACCCGUAGUAUGCGCUCCAGCAGGUAUAUCUCACUGGUCAUCCCCAAAGCCAACACCUCCUUUGGCCGCCAUUCCUUCCAGUUCUCUGCUGCCAAUGACUGGAACGAACUGCAAAAAUCUCUGAAGCUGGAGACUCUUAUCUCCCUCACUAACUUUAAGCAUCAGUUGUCAGAGCACCUUACCAAUCACUGCACCUGUACACAGCCCAUCUGAAAUUAGCCCAUCCAACUACCUCAUCCCCAUAUUGUAAUUUAUUUUGCUCAUUUGUACCCCAGUAUUUCUAUUUGCACAUCAUCUUCUGCACAUCUAUCAUUCCAGUGUUAAUACUAAAUUGUAAUUAUUUUGCACUAUGGCCUAUUUAUUACCUUACCUCCAUAACUUGCUACAUUUGCACACACUCUAUAUAUAUUUUCUGUUGUAUUUUUGACUUUAUGUUUUUUUACCCCUUAUGUAACUCUGUGUUGUUGUUUUUGAUCGCACUGCUUUGCUUUAUCUUGGCCAGGUCGCAGUUGUAAAUGAGAACUUGUUCUCAACUGGUUUACCUGGUUAAAUAAAGGUGAAAUAAAAUUUUAAAAAUCAGGUCAUUCAUUGUUUUAAUAAAUCCUCUCCAUCUAAAUGGCCUGGCUUGAAUACGAUUCUCUGUAGAUUUCCACUCACCUGUCCCUGUUACAAAUAGAAAAGAGACCAGUUGUAAAGUGAACAGUGUAGCCAAGCUGUAGUCUCUAAGGAGACAACAGGGGGGAGGAUGCAGAAAAACACACAGCUGGAAGGACACUGAGAAGCUUUGGCAGAGGGCCAGGGUCUCUCUGUCUAUCCCUCUCUCUCUCAUUCUCUCCUCUUUUCUCUGACUUUGUCACUCUCUCUAUUAGCCUCUAUCUGCUCCCCCCUUUUCUCUCAAUGUUCUCCUCUAUCUUCCCCUUUCUCAGCCUUAGGCAUUAAAGUGGGGCCUGAUAGAGAAGGAUUGAUAGAGCUGUGUGUAGUGGAAUGUGUCCACAUAUUAAGGGAAUGUUGUUGUGUCUCUCUCACCGUUCAGGAUGACGGCACUCCAGAAAUCCAUCUGCUUCCGUCCGGAGCGCCAGGAGGAGCCACGGAACGUUUCAACUCGGAAGUAAACAGCUUGGGAACAUGUGGUGGACCUAUCCACCUGUCAAACCUGACUGUCAAGUCUGGCUGGUGAGGAGACCUAUCCUGUUGCUUGACUGUUAGUGGUAACUGUAACUGUAGAGGAACUCAAUGCCAUUGUCUGAGCGGGUGCUUUAGGAGCUACAGGCUAUAUAAACUGAAAUAGGAAGCACUAACAAUGCUAAAACAAUGGGGGAAUGACUCAUUGAGGAGAUGUGUCCUUGCCAACCAGCGUCCGUAUUGUUUCAACAGAAUUUCGGUGGAUUGUUCUCUGCUGAGUCAUUGAGCUCCAGCUCUCUAGCAUGCACCUGCUAGGAAAGGGCAUUUCCUGCUCAAACUGUUCUUUUCAGGUGUGUUUAUAAAGCACACACAUUUGGUACAGGAAUGUUUAAGGGUGGUAAUAGAAGUGACAGAAUUAACACUUAAAAUUAAGUUUCAUAAUGACUCACUUCAGGGUGGAGGUAGUGUGGUAGUUAUUGUGGUAACUCUUCAAUAAAGACCAUGUCAUCAGACUCUGUAAAAUGUAUUUACAAACACACCCAUAUUUACAGUUGAAGAAUUGUAAAACAUUUAGGAUCAGAAUUUGACUGCCAAAGUAUGAUGCAAUUAGGGAUGCGACAAAUUGACAGUUUUGCUUAAUGUUUAAACAUUGGUUUAAAACAUCAGUUUUCCGUAAGUCGCUCUGGAUAAGAGCGUCUGCUAAAUGACAAAAAUGUAAAUGUAAAAACGAUCAGAAAAAAAUCACAUCAAUUCACAAUGCAGAAUAAUGGAACUAUUACGUAUAUAUGACCACUACGGCUGGGCAAUGUAGUUGUAUCUACUGCAGUCAUAUACCCUUGAAAGCGCCUCGGCUACAACAUGCUUGUUUGACUGUAAGGGUACACUACGGCAACUACCACAACUGAAGUUGCAAGAAAUUGCGAGCCAAGAAAUUGCUUUUGAUUGCAGAUCGAUAGGCCUAGUGCACGGUUCUGACUCCGUCUGUGCCCCUCCCCUCUCUCUCCUUCCCCCGCUAGCUCGCUAUGAAAGAUGCAAGUGUUUGUGUUUUCGAAGGUACGGAAACUAAUCAGUCUCCUCUGUUCCAAAAAUACUGAAUCUUAGGAGUCAAUUCCUAGCCGUAGAUGUAUUUUCUUUCUACUAAAUGUCUUGAUAAGUCACAGUAAACUUUAAAGCAGGGCCUAUCAUCAAAGAAUAGGCUAGGAUAUUCUACACGCAACAGACUGAAGACUGAACACACACUCGCAUCAUUGGCGAAGAGAAAGAGCAAGCGAGCCAGCUGCACUGUGAUUUAAAUGUUAUGGGGAAAAACAUUGUUUUUCCGUUAGGGAUUUUCCUUUGUUGUUCCAUAGUAACACAUUUUCAAUAAAAUAGUUUUCUUCUCACAGAGAAGAUGAGUGGUUUCUAUUGUAGUGGAGAUUAGUGACACUGACAGUAUGACUGUGGACAAAGUAUUUGUGUUUGAUCAUGCAUUCAACCAUGCAUACAUUUCAUGCAUAAAGCAAUGAACUGAGCAGCUGCCAUAAAUGUGGUGCCACAUAAAUGGACAAUGUUUACCUGUAAAUUAAAAACAAUAUCAGCGACGCCCGAUGCUUGUAACAUACGUGUCUGCUUAGCAAACAAGUGAGAUUAGAUUACCUGGGCCUCUCAUUGAUAAUGCCUUGAUCUUGUUUUUCCACCUUAGUUGGCUUGCCUACGCUAGCCCUGGUUUCCAUGGGAACUAUGCGGUUAUGGAAGCAGGCGGCUCCACAACACCUGGCAUUGGUCAUCCCCAGGUCACCACUGUGAGGUCACUGAGACCCCUCAGAAUGGUAAGGGUUCACCAAGGUGGCAUCACUUCGAGGUGGCUGACACUGCUUGGCUGUGGUCGGGGUUGGGCCCAAUUACAUUUCAAUGCUGUACACUCAGGAAAGGAGUUUAUAUUCGAUUUCCAAAUUGGCCCAUAGGAUUUCAUAAAUGUAAUGGGCUAUGUCUCAACGUCUCAGAAAUAUAUACGUCUGGGCCUCAUUUUCAUCAAGGUUAGGUUUCAUUGUGUUCUGUGUCUUUCUGACAGAGUGGGCUCAGAGUGAGCAGACCACUGGAUCCUAAGGUAAGACAUUAUCAAUAGUGAAAGUAAAGCACAAACCCCUGUUCCCUGCAGUAAACAUCCGAUCUCAUACAGUUAAAUAAUCACUUCAAUUUGCACAAUGAUGAUGAAUUAUAAUGAUAAUGAAUGUAAAUUAAUUUAGGAAGUGCAUGAGAUAUCGUUUUUUGUUUGUGAUUUUUUUUUAGAUGUUGGUAUUCGAGCAGCCCCUCUUCCAGGGGCGGGGCAGAGAGCUGGGAGGCCACACCCCCAGUCUGGGAGCUGUGACUGGGAUGAAGGGGGUGUCGUCGCUACGGGUCAUUGGUGGAGUGUGAGUCCAUGUCACUGCCCUCCCUCCUGUUUGUCUGCCUGUUUGUGUCUGCCUGCCUGUCAUCCACAGCUGAUGGAGACAGACGAGGACUCUCACUCAUAGACUCAGAUUAAUGAACAUGUCUAAACCCUCUUAGUUAAAUGUCAUUCCAAUUUCUAUGGAGAAUAUAAGGUUUUGUUUGUUUGGGAAUCCACAUGCAUUUGUUUUUUGUGAGUGAGAGAGUGAGUGAGUGAGGGACGGAGUGAGGGAAGGAGAAACUAAGUGCAUUCAUGCCAAGCUGCAUACUUACUCUGGAAUGCUACCUCUACUGAGGAUUUUGUAAGGUGUCUUUCUGCUGCAAACAGUUUCACAAUCUGCUGGUCAUGUGAUUACUCAGGAAUGCUACCUCUACUGUGAUAUGAAGCAAAUGUAGUUCACCUCCCUGCGCAAACAUAAGCCAAGUAGAACAGGAAGUGUGUGUGUGUGUGUGUGUGCGCAUGCAUGCUUUGGUGUGGUGUUUGGUUACAGAGAGGGUUGGUACGCCUGACAUCUGAUAACAUUUCAAUUGUAACACCUCAAAAAACCCAAACAAUCACGAUCAAUCAAACAAUAAAUCAAUCAAACAUUCCUUGCCAUUAACUCAAGUGGCAUAUCCACCGCUAAGACACUGUUAUCAGCACCACCAUAUCAUUGACACCCAGGCUCCUAUUCAAGCUGUGUUGGUAUAAGUGUGGGUAAGAAUAUUUAGCUGUGGUUUGACCUGUGACCUAUGUGUUUGACAGAUGGGUGGGCUACACUGGAGAGGACUACACAGGGUGGGAGUAUUUACUGGAGGAGGGAGAAUACAGUGACUGUGCAGAUCUGGGUGGAGCCGAUCACCCUCUGUUGCUUUCUUUCCGCUUCUUACAGGCAGUAAGUUACGGGAUUUUAAUAAUAUGGUUAUUUACAGUGUAUUCAGUAUAUGUGGCCUAUGUGGGAAUGUGUACAUGUACAAAGCCUAUCCUGAAAGCUUACACUUGAUUUGAAAGAAUGAGGGAAGUCAAUAAAAUGUGUUGGGGUCUAUGAGUGUGCCUGCAUGUGUGUGUGAGUUUUCCAACUCUCAAUGGCAGAAGCAUUUGUCUGAAACCAGGCCAAAUGUUUUAUAUUAGCCAUCGGUAUAACCCAGUUGACAGCCAGCAGACCUCUAUUCCACUCCCUUUCCAUCACCUCACCACUGUCUAAGUGUCUAUUUUAGCCUCCUGAUAUCAGUCAGAAGCACUAGCUAGUAGAAACGCUCUAACAGCAAACUCCUGGCUAGGAUAGGUUAGGCUACGCUUCUAAUGGGAUUAAACAGGUAGAGUUCAUUGCUAGCUGUCUAUCAUACCGCAGGUUCAUUAGCAUUCCAGUUACCUCCACCCCAGUGCCCUCUGGCUGUUAGCGGCACAACUCUUUUGAUCAACUAUACCCUGUCGUGUAAUCACCAGCCACCAGCAGCCAUUCUGUAAAGCUCCCACUACGGCUAGUGCUUACUACCUGAGCUAAAUGCAGCAGUUAUGUAAAUGCAGCUUGUAGAGUUUUUCAGUUCGAGGCUGAAAAAGGGAAACUUCAUAAGAAUUGGAUAAAGGUGGUUUGUACAGUUGUGCUAGUUUCUAUACAGUUAACCAGCCCACAUUUCUUCAUAUAAACUCUGUUUAUGCACUAGGCUUCUUUAGUGUAAGAGUUGUUGUAGCUAUUUUAUAAAGCAGUCUCUUACUCAUUGAGCUCUUCUGCAUGGUUCCCAUUGCUAGGACUUCAUAGAGCCCUCAGUCUCACUGCAGGAGGAAACUAGCUCGCCUGGAGCCGGGAGAAGGGACAUUUUGGAUCUGGACGUCCCUGAUCUGGAGAAGGCUGGAGCCACUGAAAAGACCACCACCUUCUGUGUGAAGAGUGGAGUGUGAGUAUCAAUUAGAGGAGCAGGGUUGUCGUCAAUUCAGGAAGUAAACUGAAAUUCUGUUUACUUCCUGAAUGUAGCCCUUUACACUCGUACCCGUAUAUGGGUUGAAAAUUGCAGAUUUGGACACUGAUAAGUGUCUAAAUUGGAAAGCAGUGGCUGUAUAGUAACACGCUAUAAAUGACGUCAGAGCUCUGUAUGGGUUUUGACUGACAGCCGUUCUGAACUUGAGCACAGCACGUGACAAAAAGUUGCCCCCUACCCUCCCGUUAAUUGGGCAACUUUUGCACAUGUCUGAGUUAAGGAAAUGCUGUAAAUUAAGAGGACUCAAUGUAUCUUGAAAGAUGAGAUGUUGAGGAUUAUAAUAAAUACAGCUUUGAUGUCAUACAAGCAUGCCAAACACCCGUGAAUCCAAAUGUGCACUUCACAUUUCCAUAUCAUAAAACUCAUGUCAUAUACACUGAGUGUACAAAACAUUAGGAACACCUUCCUAAUAUUGAGUUGCAUCCCCUUUUGCCCUCAGAACAGUCUCAAUUCGUCGGAGCAUGUACUCUACAAGGUGUCGAAAGCAUUCCACAGGGAUGCUGGCCCAUGUUGACUCCAAUGUUUCCCACAGUUGUGUCAAGUUGGCUGGAUGUCCUUUGGGUGGUGGACCCUUCUUGAUACACACAGGAAACUGUUGAGCGUGAAAAACCCAGCAGCGUUGCAGUUCUUGACACGCUCAAACCGGUGUGCCUGGCACCUAAUACCAUACCCCGUUCAAAGGCACUUAAAUAUUUUAUCUUGCCCAUUCGCCCUCUGAAUGGCACACAUACACAAUCCAUGUCUCAAUUGUUUAAAGGCUUAAAAAUCCUUCUUUAACCUGUCUCCUCCCCUUCAUCUACACUGAUUGAAGUGGAUUUAACAUGUGACAUCAAUAAGAGAUCAUAGCUUUCACCUGGAUUCACCUGAUCAGUCUGUCAUGUCUUGUACACUCAGUGUACAGUGUCAACGUUUAUGAUCACUAUGUUUGAUGUACAGUUACAAGAUGACAUGGCGUCAUACCCUGGGUUGUUUUGAACAGAAUGAGCCUAUGUUUGUCGAUUGUGAAGAAAAUUAUGAUCUAUUUCUCUGAUUUGCCUUGUGAAAGCCUAACACUAUUAUAUCCUAUUUUAUAACUUAGCUAGUCAUGUUGGCAAUAGAACAAGCAUUCAAAUGAUGCCCACCUGACCCAGAAUGUGAUUUAAAAUGGGCCGUUUUUGGAUUGCGUUAACAACAACAGUAAUUGUGUGAUGGCGAGGAUGCAGGGUUGUGUUCUAAACAAAACAACUACAAGUGUGCUUGUUCUAGUUCCUCAACGGCACAGCUAGGAGAGCUCACAAAAACACCUUAUAGCUGAAGACUUCUUGGUCAUGAAAAUGCAUUGAAAUUACUUAGGAACUGUGCAGACUUUGGAGAGGUGUGUGGCCACUUGGAGACACCAGUUAGUCCUCUCACUCAAACCCUUGUAUUGUUUUUGUCUUAUGUUGCACCUACCCCACAUUUCCCAGGAAUAGUCUUAUCAUGUUACUGAAUGUAUCCAGAGUGUUUUCAAAUUUUGUUAUCAACAAAUGCUGCGAAAAAUACAGUAAAUAUAAAAUCAACAGUGUAAUGUUUGCAUUCAGUCUUGUCAAGUGAACUGUUGUGUCCUCAACUUUGGUCUAAUAAUUUUCCCAUAAUCUCCAAACUGUUCCCUUUCAAUUGCUACCAUGUUUAUGCAUAAGCUUUUCAUAUUUCUUCUGUAAGAAAUAUAGGCCAAUUCCAUAUAGGCCAAUUCCCACGAGUGUAAAGGGUUAAAUGGAAUUGACCCCAACACUGCAGAAGACCAGUCAUAAUAACAUCUCAAUAGAGGUGCAUCUUAACUAGGGUUGCAAAGCUACCUGUAAUUUACCAAAGUUACCAGAAUCUUCUGUAAUUGUGGUAAUUAACAGGUAAUCUAUGGUAACUUUGGUAAUUUAUACUUGAUUAACUUUUUUAAAAAUGUAUUCAUAUAUAGUAUUCAUUUUUUUUUAUAUAUGUCCAUAUUGUCCAUUAGUUUCUAGUGGAUAGACCAUAUGGUUAAAGAUAUAUAUAUAUAUAUAUAUAUAUAGAUAGAUAGAUAUAUAUAUAUUUUUUUUUUUUUAUCUAAUCAACAAUGCCAUUAUUUUAAAUUAACUCUGCAUCUCUUCCAACUAUUUACUUUUUUCACAACUGCCACCAGUUUGGCACCAAAACAUUUACAACAAAGACAUAUUGACAUAGUCAAAUAAAUAAGUGUGUUAAGAAAUAUAUAAAGGAUAUUUCAUGCUGAAACCCUAAUAUUAAAUCCCAAUGAUAUUCCCUAAGUUGAUGGUUUAUAUUUAGGACAAUGUUUUGAAUCUUUGUCAUUCUAUUUUGUAUUUUAAAAUCAUCAUAUUUCAUUAUUCUAUAUAUUUUACAAGUGGUAAGGUCUCACAGAGGUCCAGAGAUAAUUACAGACACCUGUGAUAAUCUGAAGUACCCAAAGAGGCCACUAGAUGUCAUCUGUUAAAAUUAAAACUUGAAAGUUACCAAAAUUCUGGUAGUUCCCCGUAAUAUACCCUUCCUAUGCAACCCUAAUCCCAACAAACUAAAGUUCACAUAGUUUCACAUGACUUUGUCAUUCACUAUUCACUGUGCCUCUGCGGUGCUGAUUGUCUCUGGGCUGUGCUGUGUUUCAGAUGGGUGGCGUAUAGCGAGCAAUGUUUCAGUGGAGAGCAGUGCAUACUGGAGAAAGGCAAACAUCCUGCCACUCUGUACUGGGGUGGCAACCAUGGGGCAGCCAAGUCUAUCCGACCCAUACGAUUGGUGAGCUCCAUUUCAUAGCCUAUUAGAGGAAUAGAUCAUAAGACUGACAUAAGAGUGUCAUGCAGAUGAAAUCCCUCCUAUGUCUCUUCUAUGUAGCUCUAUGUUGCUCUCUGAAAAAUAUAUGGUAUAGAUGUUGGAAAAUAUGACUUGGGAAAAUAUGUCAAAACACUUUUUUUUUUAUUACAGCAGCACCUUUGUUGCACCGGAGAACCAAAGUUCUUGGUAUGUAUAUGGAAUUACACCACAUUAAUUUCACCUGUCAAAAAGAGACUAGGGAAAGGGGCUAUCUGAGUAUUGAUAUCCAGCUGUGAAGUGUGUACUAAGUUGUGCUUUUGUGUCUCCAGCUGUGGGCCUACAGCCAGCCCCACUACAGGGGACUGAGUGAGGAGUACAAGGCGGAGGCAGGGCACUGUGGCUCUGCCUCCCCCAUGUCCUUCAGAGUCAUCAGGGGAAGGUGAGUACUAGAGGACUACCAUUGUACUAUUGGAUCUGUAUUGAUCCUAGAGGUGGAGUUAUGUCCCCUUUUACUAUGUAAAGCGCCUUGAGCACUGGAAAAGUGUUAUAUAAAUCCAAUCAAUUAUUAUUAUGGGUUAAUGCACAUUUUUACUUAACAAUUUUCUUUAUAGGUUGCUAAUUAUGGCUUGUCAGUACUCUACUGUAGGCAUGCCACAAUGUAUCUUUAAUUGUAGUUGCCAUAGGAGGCAGAGAACAAUGUCUGUGAUGCUGAUUGUCUUACUCACGCUCACUGCUCUUCUUGCCCCUGUCCAGCUGGCUGCUUUUUGAUGAGGAGGGUUGCUGUGGAAACCAGUACGUCCUGGGAGAGGGCCUUUAUCCUGACCUCAUUUCCUGUGGCUGUGUGGCCACUUCUGUCAAAUCACUGAGGCCCAUUCCUUAUGUGAGUGAACCUGGCAUGACCUCAGCCCAUUUACUGCUAUCUUUAGGUAGCACAACAAGCUAGAUGAGACACGUGAGCACACAUUCAGUUUAACAGUAUUAUAUGCCAUGAUAAAUAGAUGGUGAUAAAUACACUAUAUAUACAAAAGUAUGUGGACACUCCUUCAAAUGAGUGGAUUCUGCUAUUUCAGCCACACCUGUUGCUGACAGGUAUAGAACAUCGAGCACACCGCCAUGCAAUCUCCAUAGACAAACAUUGGCAGUAGAAUGGCCUUACUGAAGAGCUCAGUGACUUUCAACGUGGCACCGUAAUAGGAUGCCACCUUUCCAGGAGAACGCUACCUGCCCAAAUGCAUAGUGCCAACUGUAAAGUUUGGUGUUUGAGAAAUAAUGGUAUGGGGCUGUUUUUCAUGGUUCGGGCUAGGCCCCUUAGUUCCAGUGAAGGGAAAUCUUAAUGCUACAGCACACAAUGACAUUCUAGAUGAUUCUGUGCUUCCAACUUUGUGGCAACAGUUUGGGGAAGGUCAUUUCCUGUUUCAGCAUGACAAUGCCCCCUUGCACAAAGCAAGGUCCAUACAGAAAUGGUUGGUCGAGAUCGGUGUGGAAGAACUUGACUGGCCUGCACAGAGCCCUGACCUCAACCCCAUCGAACACCUUUGGGAUUAAUUGGAACACCGACUGCGAGCAAGGCCUAAUCGCCCAACAUCAUUGCCCGACCUCACUAAUGCUCUUGUGGCUGAAUGGAAGCAAGUCCCUGCAGCAAUGUUCCAACAUCUAGUGGAAAGCCUUCCCAGAAGAGUGGAGGCUGUUAUAGCAGCAAAAGGGUGGACCAACUCCAUAUUAAUGCCCAUGAUUUGGAAUGAGAUGUUCGACGAGCAGGUGUCCAUAUACUUUUGGUCAUGUAGUGUAGAUGAAGGUAGUUUCCGUUCAGCCACCAUUGGAGCAUCACAAAUGACAACCUUUUCCCCAUAAUGUCCUACUUUUGACCAGAGACAAGUCUUAGUAUGACUCCAGCCAAAAGUAGUGGACUGCUUUACGAAUAUAGGGAGAAAGGAUGUAUUGUGUAGUUUGCCCUAAUAUAGUUCAAUACAGGCACUUAUUGAAAAAGGACAGAACAUACAUAAAGUAAAUCCAAUGGCAUUCUCAUCUAAGAUGGCUCCCUUCCCUUCCUGUUACCUCUGUAGAGUUUCUCCGACCCGUCCAUCAGCCUGUUUUCCCUGGGUUCCUUUGAGGGCCUCAAGAUGGUUGUUGUGAUGCCCACAGACCACAUGAAGGACUUCUUCACCCAGUCUCUGCAGGUCCACAGUGGACUGUGAGUAGAGAGAUAGCCUAUCACCUCUUAUGUCACUGAACAGCUAACAUUACUGCCAGACACUAUACAUAGAGAAGGAACUUACUGUUUCUUUGGCCUCUGACGUGUGUCAUGUUCAGUAAGAAAACAAGUGAAACAGGGAGGUACUACCUGAACUUGUCCAAUAAGAAGGCUCAUUUUUAUUUUCAGCUUUAAGAUGUUUCUCUGCGUUGCACCCUAAUGAAUAUGGCCCUGUUUCAGCUGUGUGUGUGUCUUUGGCAGGUGGGUGGUGUAUGAAUACAGUAACUAUAAGGGCCGUCAGAUGCUGCUGCAGCCAGGGGAGCUUCCUGUGUGGGGAGAGCACAGUGGCUGGGACACCAUUGGCUCCUUACGGCCCCUCAAACAGGUAAAACACACACAAAAUUGACAUUUGAGUCACUCUGUGUCAUUUCCCAGCUAGCACAUUUGGUUCCUUGGAAGUUGUGGGAACGUAUGUUUUUCAUUUCCAAUUGGUUCUGGGAAUAAAGCUAUACGUUUCCUGACCUGUAAAACUGAAUGUUUUUUUUAAAUGUUCUGAGAACGGAAGUAAAAAUGUUGCCUGUUCUGGGAACAUCAAUGUUUAUGUUGCAGGGAGGAUCUGAGAACAUUUUACUAUGGUUCCCUGAAAGUUUUCCUGGGAAGUUUUAUUAACAUUUUGUGAAUGGAAAUUAUAGGUUAUUUUGAGGUUUUGGAAUAACUUCCUUAAAAUUUGACCUAAUGUUUCAAUAAGACUUUUAAUAACACUGCUAGCUUAGUUUGGGUUAACUGUUUUGAACUCCAAACACAGAUAGGACACAUUAAAAUUAAUUUGCUUAGGCAUUAAUCAUGCAAACAGAUUAAUUUUUUAUUGUGGCACCGCGUCAGUGAGAUUCGAACCUACAGUGCCUUCAGAAAGUAUUCACACCCCUUUACUUUUUCCACAUUUUGUUGUUACAAAGUGGGAUUAAAAUGGAUUUGUCAACGAUCUACACAAAAUACUCUAAUGUCAAAGUGGAAGAAAAAUUGUAACAUUUGUAAAUGAAUAUAUACAGUUGAAGUCGGAAGCCAAAUACAUUUCAACUCAGUUUUUCACAAUUCGUGACAUUUAAUUCUAGUAAAAAGUCCCUGUUUUAGGUCAGUUAGGAUCACCAUUUUAUUUUAAGAAUGUGAAAUGUCAGAAUAAUAGUAGAGAGAAUUAUUUAUUUCAGUUUUUAUUUCUUUCAUCACAUUCCCAGUGGGUCAGAAAUGUACAUACACUCAAUUAGUAUAUGGUAGCAUUGCUUUUAAAUUGUUUAACUUGGGUCAAACAUUUUGGGUAGCCUUCCACAAGCUUCCCACAAUAAAUUGGGUGAAUUUUGGCCCAUUCCUCCUGACAUAGCUGGUGUAACUGAGUCAUGUUUGUAGGCCUCCUUGCUCGCACACGCAUUUUCAGUUCUGUCCACAAAUGUUCUAUAGGAUUGAGGUCAGGGCUUUGUGAUGGCCACUCCAAUACCUUGACUUUGUUGUCCUUAAGCCAUUUUGCCACAACUUUAGAAGUAUGCUUGGGGUCAUUGUCCAUUUGGAAGACCCAUUUGCGACCAAGCUUUAACUUCCUGACUGAUGUCUUGAGAUGUUGCUUCAAUAUAUCCACAUCAUUUUCCUUCCUCAUGAUACAUCUAUUUUGUGAAGUGCACCAGUCCCUCCUGCAGCAAAGCACCCCCACAGCAUGAUGCUGCCACCCCCGUGCUUCACGGUUGGGAUGGUGUUCUUCGGCUUGCAAGCAUCCCCCUUUUUCCUCCAAACAUAACGAUGGUCAUUAUGGCCAAACAGUUCUAUUUUUGUUUCAUCAGACCAGAGGACAUUUCUCCAAAAAGUACGAUCUUUGUCCCCAUGUGCAGUUGCAAACCGUAGUCUGGCUUUUUUUUGGCGGUUUUGGAGCAGUGGCUUCUUCCUUUCAGAGCGUCCUUUCAGGUUAUGUUGAUAUAGGACUUGUUUUACUGUGGAUAUAGAUACUUUUGUACCCGUUUCCUCCAGCAUCUUCACAAGGUCCUUUGCUGUUGUUCUGGGAUUGAUUUGCCCUUUUCGCACCAAAGUACGUUCAACUCUAGGAGACAGAACGCGUCUCCUUCCUGAGCGGUAUGACGGCUGCUUGGUCCCAUGGUGUUUAUACUUGCGUACUAUUGUUUGUACAGAUGAACGUGGUACCUUCAGGCGUUUGGAAAUUGCUCCCAAGGAUGAACCUGACUUGUGGAGGUCUACAAUUUUUUUUCUGAGGUCUUGGAUGAUUUCUUUUGAUUUUUCCCAUGAUGUCAAGCAAAGAGGCACCUAGUUUGAAGGUAGGCCUUGAAAUACAUCCACAGGUACACCUCCAAUUGACUCAAAUGAUGUCAAUUAGCCUAUCAGAAGCUUCUAAAGCCAUGACAUCAUUUUCUGGAAUUUUCCAAGCUGUUUAAAGGCACAGUCAACUUAGUGUAUGUAAACUUCUGACCCACUGGAAUUGUGAUACAGUGAAUUAUAAGUGAAAUAAUCUGUCUGUAAACAAUUGUUGGAAACAUUACUUGUGUCAUGCACAAAGUAGAUGUCCUAACCGACUUGCCAAAAUUAUAGUUUGUUAACAAGAAAUUUGUGGAGUGGUUGAAAAACUAGUUUUAAUGACUCCAACCUAAGUGUAUGGACACUUCCGACUUCAACUGUAUAGACAGUACCAGUCAAAAGUUUGGACACACCUACUCAUUCCAGGGUUUUUCUUUAUUUGUACUAUUUUCUACAUUGUAGAAUAAUAGUGAAGGCAUCAAAACUAUGAAAUAACACAUAUGGAAUCAUGUAGUAACCAAAAAAGUGUUAAACAAAUCAAAAUAUAUUUUAUAUUUGAGAUUCUUCAAAGUAGCCACCCUUUGCCUUGAUGACAGCUUUGCACACACUUUGCACGCUUCAUGAGGUAGUCACCUGGAAUGCAUUUCAAUUAACAGGUGUGUCUUGUUAAAAGUCAAUUUGUGGAAUUUCUUUCCUUCUUAAUGCGUUUGCGCCAAUCAGUUGUGUUGUGACAAGGUAGGGGUGGUAUACAGAAGAUAGCCCUAUUUGGUAAAAGACCAAGUCCAUAUUAUGGCAAGAACAGCUCAAAUAAGCAAAGAGAAACAACAGUGCAUUAUUAUUAUUAUUAUUAUUAUUAUUAUUAUAUUUUUUUUUUUUCUGGGGGUAGAUCAGCUUAAUAUUGCAGAUAGAUUGUAACUUCCAUCAAUGUAAUUGUCUGCAUCACUUCCAAUCCCCCAUGUUUAAAAAAAAUAUAUAUACAUGUAUAUAUAUAUAUAUAUAUAUAUAUAUAUAUAUAUACACAUAUAUACAUACAUAUACAUAUAUAUAUACACAUACACAUACACACAUACAGUGGGGGGGAAAAAGUAUUUAGUCAGCCACCAAUUGUGCAAGUUCUCCCACUUAAAAAGAUGAGAGAGGCCUGUAAUUUUCAUCAUAGGUACACGUCAACUAUGACAGACAAAUUGUGGAAAUAAAAUCCAGAAAAUCACAUUGUAGGAUUUUUUAUGAAUUUAUUUGCAAAUUAUGGUGGAAAAUAAGUAUUUGGUCACCUACAAACAAGCACGAUUUCUGGCUCUCACAGACCUGUAACAACUUCUUUAAGAGGCUCCUCUGUCCUCCACUUGUUACCUGUAUUAAUGGCACCUGUUUGAACUUGUUAUCAGUAUAAAAGACACCUGUCCACAACCUCAAACAGUCACACUCCAAACUCCACUAUGGCCAAGACCAAAGAGCUGUCAAAGGACACCAGAAACAAAAUUGUAGACCUGCACCAGGCUGGGAAGACUGAAUCUGCAAUAGGUAAGCAGCUUGGUUUGAAGAAAUCAACUGUGGGAGCAAUUAUUAGGAAAUGGAAGACAUACAAGACCACUGAUAAUCUCCCUCGAUCUGGGGCUCCACACAAGAUCUCACCCCGUGGGGUCAAAAUGAUCACAAGAACGGUGAGCAAAAAUCCCAGAACCACACGGGGGGACCUAGUGAAUGACCUGCAGAGAGCUGGGACCAAAGUAACAAAGCCUACCAUCAGUAACACACUACGCCGCCAGGGACUCAAAUCCUGCAGUGCCAGACGUGUCCCCCUGCUUAAGCCAGUACAUGUCCAGGCCCGUCUGAAGUUUGCUAGAGUGCAUUUGGAUGAUCCAGAAGAGGAUUGGGAGAAUGUCAUAUGAAACCAAAAUAGAACUUUUUGGUAAAAACUCAACUCGUCGUGUUUGGAGGACAAAGAAUGCUGAGUUGCAUCCAAAGAACACCAUACCUACUGUGAAGCAUGGGAGUGGAAACAUCAUGCUUUGGGGCUGUUUUUCUGCAAAGGGACCAGGACGACUGAUCCGUGUAAAGGAAAGAAUGAAUGGGGCCAUGUAUCGUGAGAUUUUGAGUGAAAACCUCCUUCCAUCAGCAAGGGCAUUGAAGAUGAAACGUGGUUGGGUCUUUCAGCAUGACAAUGAUCCCAAACACACCGCCCGGGCAACGAAGGAGUGGCUUCGUAAGAAGCAUUUCAAGUUCCUGGAGUGGCCUAGCCAGUCUCCAGAUCUCAACCCCAUAGAAAAUCUUUGGAGGGAGUUGAAAGUCUGUGUUGCCCAGUGACAGCCCCAAAACAUCACUGCUCUAGAGGAGAUCUGCAUGGAGGAAUGGGCCAAAAUACCAGCAACAGUGUGUGAAAACCUUGUGAAGACUUACAGAAAACGUUUGACCUGUGUCAUUGCCAACAAAGGGUAUAUAACAAAGUAUUGAGAAACUUGUUAUUGACCAAAUACUUAUUUUCCACCAUAAUUUGCAAAUAAAUUCAUAAAAAAUCCUACAAUGUGAUUUUCUGGAUUUUUUCUCAUUUGACGUGUACCUAUGAUGAAAUUUACAGGCCUCUCUCAUCUUUUUAAGUGGGAGAACUUACACAAUUGGUGGCUGACUAAAUACUUUUUUCCCCCACUGUACAUACACAUAUACAUACAUACACAUACAUACUUUCCAAUCCCCACUUGGAGUAAACUAGUGAACAACAACGCCUAGGCCUCUACUUCCAGCCCAUACCCACUAUCUACAUUUUAUGGACACAGUCAAUUUUACAAUAAUUACAUUUUGUUUGUUCUUUCUCCUGAACUUCUUCUACUCUCAACCUCUCCUGAUCAUUUUCAUGAUGUCCAUCCGGUUCGCUUGUAUAUGCCAUAUCUUUCUAACUGUGCUCCUUCACAAAAGCUCCCAACCUACAACCCAUACUCUUAUUAUGGACAUAGCGUGCCUACAUUAUUAGUUAUCUUGUUAUUGUUUGUUGUUAGUUGUUAUUAGUCCCAUCCUUCAAUUCCAUUCAACACCUCCCAUUCAACACCAUCCAUAUAGGAUUUCUAUUUGCCAUAUAUAUUUCAACUGUACUGUGAUGUCUUACAAAAGUUCUGAACCUUUCUAUUCUCAUUGUUUCUACAGAUUGUGAAUUGAAUUUUUUUUUGCUAAUAGUAUUAUUAUGUUAUUGAUCGAUUGACUAUGACUUUUCAGAUCACCCAGUAAUGCUAUCUGCAGGGUUAGCUCCAGGUAAAUAUUGCAAUCCUUUAGCCAUUCCUGGACCUGUGUCCAAAAACAAGCUACAAAUGGACAGUACCAAAACAAAUGAUGUAAUUUCUGUCUCUUCGCAGCAAAAUCUGCAGAGCUGGGAAGAUUGUAUCCCCCAUAUAAAUAACAUUCUAUUGGUAGCAAGAAUUUUAUAUAAUAAUUUAAAUUGAAAGAUUCAAAGUUUUGAAUCCGGUGUCGUUUUGCGUAUCAGUUCAUAAACACUAUGCCAUGGGAUCGGUACGUCAAAAAUCUCUUCCCAACUAUUUUGCAAUCUAUAUGGGACGGCUGUCAAUCCUUUGGUCCUUAAAUUAAACUGAUAUACUUUUUUAUUUAUCACAGUUUUCCUUAACCAAUUAUGUUAUUUAAUGCAAGGCCGACAGACAAGUUCCUUACUUUCUCCUCCUUCCACUUUCCUCUUCCAUUUUUGCGGUAAGGCUGCAAUUAUUUGGUUGUAAGUUUGGGUAGAGCAGACAUUUCCAUAUGUUUUUGUUAGCUGCAUGUGCGACAUAACUCCACCAGUCCGUCCUACCGAUGAUAUCAUUUACAAAGAUUAUACAUUUUUUAAACAUUUUGUCAAAAAAAAUAGGUUUUUUGUCAAUUAUUAUAUUUGAGUUUAACCACAAUAUUUGUUGCAUUAUUUGUUCUGUCGUUUCUGGAGGAUUACAUUUAAAUUGCAACCAACUUUCUAUGGCUUGUAGAAAUAGUGAUAUCUGGGAGAUGAUUUCCUUUUCAAAUAACUGAAAGUGAGUGGUUGUAAUCUGAAUAAAGGGAAAAAGGCCAUUCUUGAACAUUGGGUGAGACAAUCUUACUAAUUUGCUAGAGAACCAGUUCGGAUUUAAGUAUAACUUUUGUAUGACUGAAGCUUUUAGUGAUAGGUCUAAUGCUUUAAUAUUUAAUAAUUUCUGUCGUCCGAAUUCAUAUUCAUUAUAUAAAUAGGCCCGUUUAAUUUUGUCUGGCUUGCCGUUCCAAAUAAAAUGGAAUAUUUCUUUCUCAUAUAAUUUUAAAAACUGUUCGCUAGGCGUAGGCAAGACCAUAAGCAAAGGGUGAUUUUUCCACAAAUUGACAGGCACCCACCUUUCCAUGGUAGCAAGAUCUUAUCUAUUUUUGCUAACUUUCUAUUAUAAUUUAUUGAAGUGAGAUCAUUUAUUUCCUUUGGGAUAUGUAUUCCGAGUAUAUCCACAUCACCAUCAGAUCAUUUUAUUGGUAAACUACAUGGCAAUGUACUAUUUUUAUUUUUUAUUGAUCCAAUACGUAAUAUAGUAAAUUUGUCAUAAUUUGGUUGUAAUCCAGAGAGGUUAGAUCCUCUAUGAGGCUGUGGAGUGAUUCUAGUUUUGGAUUUAAAAGAAAACAUGAAUCAUCAGCGUACAAUGACACCUUUGUUUUUAAGCCCUGGAUUUCUAAUCCCCUGAUAUUAUUGUUGGAUCUGAUUUUAAUAGCUAACAUCUCGAUGGCCACAAUAAAUAGAUAUGCCGAUAGUGGACAACCUUGUUUCACUCCUCUUGACAGUUUAAAACUUUCUGAGAAAUAGCCACUAUUUACUAUUUUACACCUAGGGUUACUAUACAUGAUUUUGACCCAUUUUAUAAGAGGAGCUCCAUGCUUGGGACUUUGAGCCUGAAGCCUGCUGGGUCCUGAUAAAACCCACUUCCCAGAAAGUUAUUUAUACCCAGUGAGCGACACAGGGCUUAGCACUGACUCGUGUGUGUGUGUGCGUACGUGUGUGUGUGUAUAUGUGUGGCGGAGCGCUUCUCUCACUGUUUGUUGACAAGGCAAACGGUGUGAAAGGGGUUGUGGUGAUUUAUACCCGUUUCUCGCUCGAGCUGAUUUGACUGGAGCCAUAUGCAGCUCUAUAGAGUACCACAGUAUUAGUCAUAAAACCUAGUGGUCAAACAAGAAAAUGUUUCAAAAAAUUUUCCCACCAUUAAUUUUUCCCAUAGGGGAUUUUAGAAACACUUAAAAUAAGGGCUGUGUUUCAUGUAGGCUUACCCUGGCAUGACGUUUUGAUAACCGUGUAAAUCUCUCUAGGACAAGGUGACUUUUAUCAAUACCUGUAUUUACCCCCCCCCCCCAAAUGAAAUGCUAAUUAGCUGAUAAUGUGGCUAUCAUAAAGAACUACAAAUGCCAUGAUGAUCUGGGCAAGACUGCCGAAUUGAGGCAAAGGUAAGAAUCUCUAGAUUAAUUCAUGUUAGCUACAUUUUGUAAUGAAUAAAUUGCCAACAUUUCUUUAAAUUGACAAUUCUGUGAACUGUCUUGUGCAAGUUUUAAAUGGACACUACCUGUUAGCAAAGGCGUCAGCUAGAGAUGACGUGCAGGGAUUUGUAGUCUUGCAUGAUGUCUACUUUGAUGCUAAUUAGCAUUUUCGAAUCUGAGAGUAAUUGGAGGUGAAUAUAUUGAUAAAAGACACCUUGUCCGAGAGAGAUUUACAUGGUUAUCAAAACGUCAUGCCAUGGUAAGGCUACAUGAAACACAGCCCUUAUUUUAAGUGUUUCUAAAAUUCCCUAUGGGAAAAAUGAAUGGCGGAAAAACGAUUGGAUCCAUUUUCCUGUUUGACCACUAAGUUUUAUGGGUAUUAUGACACCUCCACUGUGGGGCUCUAUACAGGUAACUGCCAAAAUAAAGGAAACACUAACAUAAAGUGUCUUAAUAGGGUGUUAGGGCACCAUGAGCCACCAGAACAGCUUCAUGCGCCUUAGCAUAGAUUCUACAAGUGGCUAUAACUCUUAUUGGAGGGAUGCGAAGCCAUUCUUGAACAGGAAAUUCCAUCAUUUGGUGUUUUGUUGAUGGAAAACGCUGUCUCAGCCACCGCUCCAGAACCUCCCAUAAGUGUUCGAUUGGGUUGAGAUCUGGUGACUGAGACAUACACACCCUUUAAACCCCCUCUGCUACUUUGAGACUCCUCUUUCAAAGUCACUGAGAUCUUUUCUUCUAGCCAUGGUAGCCAAAAUAAUGGGCAACUGGGCAUUUUUAUACAUGACCCUAAGCAUGAUGGGAUGUUUUAAUUGCUUAAUUAACUCAGGAACCACACCUGUGUGGAAGCACCUGCUUUCAAUAUACUUUGUAUCCCUCAUUUACUCCUGUGUUUCCUUUAUUUUGGCAGUUACCUGUAGGUUCUUCCACUUACACGUAUUUAAUGUGGCAUGGCUCACGUUUCCCAUUGACCUCUGAGUGAAGCACUCGUCUGUGCUGUGUACCAUAGAUGGCAGUGCUAGCUGUCAUGUGUUACAUAGCGGUUUUCACAUUACACAGUCCUUAGAGGAACUACCAGUAGGAUAGCAACUGUUAUUAUUACUUUGUUGCAAAAGUAAGUACACUGAACAAAAAUACAAACGCAACGUGUAAAGUGUUGAUCCCAUUUUUCAUGACCUGAAAUAAAAUAUCCCAGAAAUGUUCCAUUUCAAAAAGCGUAUUUCUCUCAAAUGUUGUGCACAAAUUUGUUUACAUCCCUGUUAGUGAGCAUUUCACCUUUGCCAAGAUAAUCCAUCCACCUGACAGCUGUGGCAUAUCAAGAAGCUGAUUAAACAGCAUGAUCAUUACACAGGUGCACCUUGUGCUGGGGACAAUAAAAGGCCACUAUAAAAUGUGCAGUUUUGUCACACAACACAAUGCUACGCGCAGCUGGCAUGCUGACUGCAGGAAUGUCCACCAGAGCUGUUGCCAGAUAAUUUAAUGUUCAUUUCUCUACCAUAAGUCGCCUCCAACGUUGUUUUAGAGAAUUUGGCAGUACGUCCAACCAGCCUCACAACCGCAGAUCACGUGUAACCAUGCCAGCCCAGGACCUCCACAUCUGGCUUCUUCACCUGGGGGAUCGUUUGAGACCAGCCACCCGGACAGCUGAUGAAACUGUGGGUUUGCACAACCAAAGGAUUUUUGCACAAACUGUUAGAAACCGUCUCAGGGAAGCUCAUCUACGUGCUCGUCGUCCUCACCAGGGUCUUGACCUGACUGCAGUUCGGCCUCGUAACCGACAUCAGUGGGAAAAUCCUCACCUUCGAUGGCCACUGGCACACUGGAGAAGUGUGCUCUUCACGGAUGAAUCCCGGUUUCAACUGUACUGGGCAGAUGGCGUGUAUGGUGUCGUGUGGGCGAGUAGUUUGCUGAUGUCAACGUUGUGAACAGAGUGCCCCAUGGUGUGGUUAUGGUAUGGGCAGGUAUAAGCUACGAACAACAAACACAAUUGCAUUUGAUCAAUGGCAAUUUGAAUGCACAGAGAUACCGUGACAAGAUCCUAAGGCCCAUUGUUGUACCAUUAAUCUGCCGCCAUCACCUCAUGUAAUAAUGCACAGCCCCAUGUCGCAAGGAUCUGUACACAAUUCCCAGAAGGUGAAAAUGUCCCAGUUCUUCCAUGGCCUGCAUACUCACCAGACAUGUCACCCAUUGAGCAUGUUUGGGAUGCUCUGGAUUGACAUGUAUGGCAAGAGUGUUCCAGUUCCUGCCAAUAUCCAGCAACUUUGGACAGCCAUUGAAGAGGAGUGGGACAACAUUCCACAGGCCACAAUCAACAGCAUGAUCAACUCUAUGCGAUGUAGAUGUAUUGCGCUGCAUGAAGCAAAUGGUGGUCACACCAGAUACUGACUGGUUUUCUGAUCCUCGCACCUACCUUUUUUUUUUUUAGGUAUCUGUGACCAACAGAUGCAUAUCUGUAUUCCCAGGCAUGUGAAAUCCAUAGAUUAGGGCCUAAUGAAUUUAUUUCAAUUGACUGAUUUCCUUAUAUGAACUGUAACUCAGUCAAAUCUUUGAAAUUGUUGCAUGUUGCGUUUAUAUUUUUGUUCAGUGUAGUUGGAGUACAAUACAACUGGCGAAACCUACACACCCGAUGCGAGGUAACCACUUAAGUUAUUUUAAGUUAUAAGUUAGUUUUUCCCUUUUGUGAACAAUGUAGUUUCCUUGCAGCAUUGCCUAGGGUCUAUAUAAUGUGCUGUGAAAGUUGUUGAUCCUCAUUCAGUCUGUACUGUGUGCUUUGUGUGUGGUCUCCCUCCAGCCCAGGCUGUAUGUACAGGUGAGGAGCCGUGCUCUGGGCUCACUGCUAACCUCUGAGAGUGACCAGGACGACUCGUCCCCAGCCAGAGUGACCCUGUCCCCGGCCUGCUCUCUGGACACCCAGCGCUGGCUCUUCACUGGAGGACUGCUCCGCUGCAAGGUGAGUGAGUGAGUGAAUGUGUGUGCAUGCAUGCAUGCAGUGGAAGUGGUGUACUAGAGGGUGUGACAACCAUAUGUGUGUAUGCAUGAGGGGAGUGAAAGAGGUAAAGUCUCAACAUUUACGCAAAACUAGAAUGGGAAUAUUCUGGGAAAUAUGCAAUCCUCUUCCCUAUGGUAUGCUAUGGUAAGUAUCUGUGCAUGUGUGUGUGUGUGUGUAUUAUGCAGUAUCUGUGUGAAAUACUGACAAGGUGUGUGUUGCCUGUAGGCCAGUAAGGCAUGUCUUUCAGUGAUCGGGGGGAAGGCCACAGUGGGGGCCAGAGUGGCCCUGUGGCCGGAACAUGGACGCACACACCAAAGAUGGAGCCUGAACCACAACGGAACCAUCUCUUCCCAUCUCAACCACAAACUAGUACUGGACUUGAGAGGUGAGACCAUAAGAGUUCCACUAUAAUGUAUGGUCUUUGAUAAACACAGAGGAGCCUACUGUAAUAGUGGAGAGCUGACAGAUCAGACAGGUUUCUGUUGUGUAUUGCUGCUGAAACUCAACUACCGUAUGCUAUACUUAGUGGAGGAUCUAUUUUGAGAUCAUAACAACCAUAUUUGCAGAGCCGUCUCAGAAAAGAGGUAGAAAUUGUAUUGGUAUAGAAUUGGUUAUUCCCAGAACCAGGAAAUGCUGUAUUUCCAGUUAUACAAAUACCAAUCAUUAGGGGAAAAAAGCAAGGACGUAACUUAUUUUCAGUUGUCUCCAAGACACAGUAGAAGAAAGAUUGUUGCCUAAAAGGAACCAUUUGUGAAAUGUCUUUCAGGUGGAACAGGUUUUGAGAGGGACCACCUGGUCGUCAAUGAAUUUGCCACUGAUCAGGCCACACAGUUCUGGGACAUAGAAUAAUAUUUCAAAGACUCAUAAAAAGUCCGGCCAAAGCCCUGCAGUGUCCCAGUGCAGUAUGGGAGAUGUAGUGUUUGUUUCUAUCCUGGGAGAGCACUUCUCCCAGCCAUCUGGCCCACGUGUCCAUGACGACAGAGCAAGAAGCAUUGUGUUCAUUUCCUGUCUUUUUCUGUUUGAUCUCAAGACCCAGAAACCAUUGCAGCAGAGCUGA